AUGACCGCGAAGCUGGCAUUGGUUGAGAAUGAACUUAAGACUUGGAAAGAAGCCGCGAUUUCUCGUGAAAAGGACCUUGUCGAAGCUCGGCUUCGAUGUAAUUUGUUAUCGGCUCAGUUGACGAGUGGACCUUCCGUAGUUGGAGAUGUUAAGUCAAGUGACGAAGCGAUUCGGGCCAUUACCGCGCAGCUUUCGAGAAGGAUCGAGUCAAUUAAGACGUUCGAAGAUCUUUCAAGAGCUCAGCUUGAGGCCAACCUAGUUAACGCUUACAAUGAGCUAGAGGAGAUGCGCUUACGACUUGAGAAUGCUGAAGCUUCAAGGAAAGCAGCUGUCGAGAAAUAUAACGGUUUUCUACAAGGAUGCAGCGAAACAUCUAUUUCUGAAUUAUCAUUACGUCGGCUCAAUCUAACUACGGCUCGAAAUUGUGAAGUCAAGAGCAAAACUCCUGCCCAACGAAAGAAGGAACGUCGUAGGACUAUAUUCACACCUUCUGCCAGUCAGUUCAGCCAAAAUCGUGGAGCUUUGGAACAAGAUGUAGUGGAAGAUGGGGAACUAGCUGAAGAGUACGAGUCACUGCGAUUAGAAAUGGAAAAUAAUAGAUUGUCUCAGAUUAUUUGUGAAAAGGAGACUGCGAUCAAGAGUAUCUGUGAAUUACAAAAGCAACAAGCUGAACAGUGGGCGAAGGAAAAACAGGAGUUUCCUAAGAACCGAUGUCGUUUACAACAACAAAUUGAUGGGUUGCACUCGGAAAAACUUGAUCUUGAAGAUCAACUCCAGGCCCUACAAAAUGAGCAAGAACUGAUGUCAAACAGGAUGAAGAAUGAGCUGGUAAUCGUCAAGUCAGAUGCCGAAGUGGAGUUGGCGAGAGAGGAUAUCAAAAAGUUACAGUGUAAUGCCUCAGAAAAGCGCAUUGUGGAAAAGAAACGUGAUUUGCGAAAGGGAAAAUGUAAUGGUCUCAAUUUGAGACCUCAUACUAGUCGGCACUUCGCUACAUAUCGCAACACGAUUGAAGACUCUUUCGAUCACAAGCUGAGCGAACUUCGCGCGUAA